UGAUAUGAUAUACGAACUGGGUUGUUUUUUUUGGCAUGUGAUUAUUGUUUUAUGUCAUUUUGAUCAGAAUAUUGCUAUUUGUUCUGAAAUAUUUGUCCCUAAUGAGAUAAUCCUAACCACCAGUUGGUAAGUUGAGUGUCCAUCUCAUCAAUGAUUGAUGUGAUUCGGGAAAUUGAUUUAGUAAAUUCAUUUUGGACAGAGUAGAAAGAUUAUGUUUGAUUAGUGUUGAUAAGACAGAUUUGUUUUUUCCUUAGAUUUCGGAAUAAAUGAUGAAUGCUUGUGUGUUACUUGGUUUGGAAUGGACAAUUUGAUUGUUAGAAUAUGAUGCGAUCGUUAAUGGUGUUUUUUAUUUGAUUUUGGAGAUUUGGUUUUGCUCUUAAAACCUGAUUUGAUUACUGCGCAAGUGGUAUGUCUUGAAUCAGAGUGAUGCAUGCAUUCUAAGCUAUUGUGGGGGGUCGGUUUUCUGACUGAAGUUGUUUUUAAAGAACAACUGUGGUUAAUGUGCUUUUGCUUUGUUGAAACUUUAUUGGGGUUACUGCAGAUGGAGUGUCGCAUCAAUUUUUUAUGGAGCUUGAGUGCUUCAGUUUUCUGCUGCUCUUUUUGGUGUUGCGUUUCCUUGUAAAUAAUAAGUCCAUGGUUCGGUUACUUAUUUUCUUUUUGUUAAAUUGAUUAUCCAUUUAUCCACUUGAAGUUUUUGAAAAGCUGGUUGACAGUUCUUGGCAGUUUGUUAGAUUUGUACAUGCUGAUAAAGGUGGUAUUUGAUAAUUUGGUAGAUUUUUGUUAGGAAUAAGCAUAACCAUAUCCCUAUGUGCUGUAUGCUCGUCUGUCUACAUUAGCUAUGUAAGCACAGUUUUGUCAGUUCAAAUGGUUUGCAAAUCCCAUGCUUAAAGAACCCUGUUAUAAGGGGUUCAUUAUUUGUGAGAGGAAAUGACUGAUAGCCGCCAGCAACCAUCUGUCAUGCAAAAGAUGGCAAGCCAGGCCCAUCACAGUUCUAGCUUUUCCCAAGGCUUUCAGAGACCUGCUUUACACCAAAGGCAGUUUGCAUAUGGAAAUUAUUCCAAUGCAGGAUUCCAGUAUGCGAUGACAAGGGCAUGCCAAUCCACCCCUGAUAUGUCAUUGAUUGCAUCAUCUACCUCACCAGUAUUUGUCCAAGCCCCAUCAGAGAAAGGCUUGGCUGGCUUUGCUAUUGAUUUUCUUAUGGGUGGAGUUUCUGCAGCUGUGUCCAAAACUGCUGCAGCUCCCAUUGAGCGUGUGAAGCUCUUGAUCCAAAACCAGGAUGAGAUGAUCAAGACUGGUCGACUCUCUGAACCAUAUAAGGGAAUUGGAGAUUGUUUCAGCAGAACAAUGAAAGAUGAGGGGAUGGUGUCAUUGUGGAGAGGAAACACUGUCAAUGUCAUCCGUUACUUCCCCACUCAGGCCCUGAACUUUGCAUUCAAAGAUUACUUUAAGAGGCUUUUCAACUUCAAGAAGGACCGUGAUGGCUAUUGGAAGUGGUUUGCUGGUAACUUGGCAUCUGGUGGUGCUGCUGGUGCCUCAUCACUACUCUUUGUCUAUUCUUUGGAUUAUGCCCGAACCCGUCUUACAAAUGAUUCCAAGGCUGCAAAGAAGGGAGGGGAGAGGCAAUUCAAUGGCUUGGUUGAUGUCUACAAGAAGACUAUGCAAUCAGAUGGUAUUGCUGGGCUUUACCGUGGAUUUAACAUUUCAUGUGUUGGUAUUAUUGUGUACCGUGGUCUGUAUUUUGGAAUGUAUGAUUCUUUGAAGCCAGUCGUCCUAACUGGAAAGAUGCAGGAUAGCUUCUUUGCUAGCUUUGCUCUUGGUUGGGUCAUCACCAACGGUGCUGGACUUGGAUCCUAUCCAAUUGACACUGUCCGCAGAAGAAUGAUGAUGACAUCUGGUGAAGCUGUUAAGUACAAGAGCUCCUUUGAUGCAUUCUCUCAGAUCCUCAAGAACGAGGGUGCUAAAUCCCUCUUCAAGGGUGCUGGUGCAAACAUCCUCCGUGCUGUUGCUGGUGCUGGUGUGCUUGCCGGAUAUGACAAGCUUCAGAUGAUUGUGUUUGGGAAGAAGUUUGGUUCUGGUGGGGCCUAAUUAAGUCUCAUUCUCAUUCACCCCAUACAAUCAUAGAUGGUGAUGAAAUUUUUGGAGUUCCAUUCCAUAAUUUAUCCUGGAUAGUUCUUUAGGCUCAUUUAAUUACUUUUUUUCUCAAGGGGUUUUCCCGGUUUCAGGAUUUCCAUUCCUGCAACCCUGUCUAUUCUGAAUGGUUGCAAUUGCAAAACAUUGAUUUUGAUCUCAUCAAAUUAUAGAUGAUCAUUCUAGUUUUUGUCA